AAAAAAAAAAGCUCUUUAUAAUAAUGGGUGGUAUCGUUUGGAACGAAUGGGCACGAUUGAUGUGUCUUACGUCUUCCUUUGUCAUUUUUGUCGGAGGAAUUAUGGGUACAUUCCAACCGUUGCCUGCAUUUGAUGCAAUGAGGUUGUUGCCAGGUCUCUACACACAACCAGUACCGAUAUUGCCACUGAUCCUAAUUGUCCUUGGCAUGAUCCUUGCCGCAAUUGAAUACCCUGUCGUGGCUGUCGACUACUUCAACAGUCCCCGAUCAUUUAUGCCCAAAGUCGCGUUCUUUAUCCCCUUGACCGUCAUGUCCUUGUUGGAGGCCCAAACCGUCAAUGGCUCUAUUUAUCUUGGAAUCGGUACCCUUGCUUAUCUGAUGGCUAUCCGUGAUGAUUUCCGUAAACAACACCAACAAGCCAUUAAUGGCGGUCGCAUGGCAUAGAAUUAAGUAGUAGUAGUAGUAGUAGUAGAAGAAGAAGAAGAAGAAGAAGAAGAAGAAGAAAAUCUCCCAUCAUCAUUGUAUAAUAUAGAAUAUAGAAAGAGAGUCGUUCUUAUCGUCUUCUCUCUGCAAUCCCUUUGAAAUAAAGUUGUUUUAUUUUUAAAAA